CGGUAGGGUGGAGAGAGCAACCUCAGUGGAGUCUCGAGGGCACCGCAGACAGGGCUUCCCGAUUCCAUGCAAGCUUCUUCCCCACCCAGCCCUCUGAGCUCCCACACCAGUCUCCCUUAGCCCAGGAGGCAUCCUACUCGGUGGACAGCUCCCUUCUGGAUUCAGAAGGCUCCUGCCAGCUCACUUCGCAUUCCCAGCACACAACACGGCAUGAGUUUGUUGCAAAGGCAGAGACACUGAGCUCUGAUAACCCAGGCCACCUCGGGGCCACCUGGAGUGGCUGGACUAACAGAGCCAUAGAGCCCUUCCUGGUACGGACAGCCGCAGUACCCGGAGAGAAGGCGCUCCCGCGGCGAGAGAACAAAGUUUGCGCAGCUCAGCCAUGGCCUCGAGCAGCCAUCAAGAAAUUGGUACCUUCGGGGUGUGGGACUAUUUGGUUUUCGCGGGGAUGCUGUUCAUCUCCGCAGCCAUAGGCGUGUACUAUGCCUUCCGCAGAGGCGGCCAGCAGACCCCGAAAGACUUCAUGAUGGGUGGCCGGAAGAUGACAGCGAUGCCAGUGGCUCUGUCCCUCACCGCCAGUUUUAUUUCAGCCAUCGCUGUUCUGGGGACUCCCUCUGAGGUCUACCGCUUUGGGGCCAUAUUAAGUAUAUGGGCUUUCAGCUACGUCUUAGUGGUCAUUAUCACUGCCGAGGUUUUCCUCCCAGUCUUUUACAAGUUGGAAAUUACCAGUACCCACGAGGUAAGGAGACAUCUCUGCACACUGCGCUUCUUUCUGGGUUUGAGGAAAGUGUAGAAAAAAGCUAAUCGCACUUAAUUUUUCACUUUAUACCUGGAAAAGGUGUUAGAGGUCACCUGGCCCAACCCUUCUCAAACCAUGGGCAAACCAGAGCAAACUCUGGUCUACAAGAGUGACUUGCUCAAGGUCAUACAAGUGGCAAGUAGCAUAAGUCUUCUUACCUCCAGUCUGAACCUUUCUUAUGCCCCCUCUGCUGCCUUCCCAUAUAUCAGAAGCCAUUCCCUUUCCUUCUUAACCAUCUUGUGGUCAACCUUGUUGUUUCAGUGGGAAGUAAUUUGUUGUGAUUGUUUGUUUUAAUGAGCUCUGCAAAUCUCCUGUCCCUUGAAACAUGAACUUUUGUUCUGGGGACAUCAUACCGCACUGGCAUCAGAGUCAGAGUGGACUGUGCAAAUACAAUCCCUAUUCCAUUUUUGUGAGGAGAAGAGAACUGGGCUGGGUGUGCAGAGAGGUGGUCUUUGGCCUAAAUUUCCUCAUUCUGGCUUCCACAAGAAAAUGAAGCACUGAGUCACUAGUGCUAGUCUCAACAGUGGCAACCUGUGCCUCCCCUGUGAAGCCAGUUCCUACCUAAACACCUACUGACUUCUUCCGUUUUCUGUGAAAAGAGGAGUGAGAAAAAUUACCCUGCUCUCACCUUAUAGCUGCACAAAGGUAGUAUGACUCACUGGAUAGGCAUAUUCAGGAAGAUGGGGGUUCAAGCCUUGCCUCUGACUGUGAGCUCUUCCAUUAGACUGUGAGCUAUUUGAGAGUGGAGGCUGACUUUUGCCUUUCUUUUCAUUAGGAGAACUUAGCACAGUCUGCUACUUAGAGGUCUUCCCCCCACCCCCCAAUUUUUAAUUGUUUUGCAAAAUACACAUCCAUGUUGCUUAUCAUUGUAAGAGCAAAGUCAUACAUAACCAAAACCCCAAAAUAAAACCAAAAAUACACUGAUCUGGAGGUUGAUUCCAACAGUUUCUUCUCUGGAGGUGGAUAGCAUUCCCCAUGCUAAAUCCUUCUGGAUUGUCCCAGAUCAUUGCAUUGCUGAAAGUAGCCAUGUUUUCACAGAUAAUCAUCAUCCAAUAUUACUCUUACUGUGUACAAUGUUCUUCCAGUUCUGCUGAUUUUGCUCUUCAUCUGUUCUCUCUGAUUUCCCAGCUAUUUCUGAAAUCAUCCUGCUUAUCAUUUCUUAGAGCAAAAUAAAUAGUAUUCCAUCACCAGCAUAUACCACAAUUUGUUCAUGCAUUCCCCCUAUUGAUGGACACUCCCACAGAGGUCUUAAUAAAUGCUUAUUGCAUGAUGAAAUUAUUAGUUGUGUGACCCUGAGCAAGUAAUUUAAUAUCUCAAUGUUUCCAAGCUUCUCUCUAAGACAUGAAGUUGCAGAGAUAUCUAA